CCAUACCAUAGCCAGAAGCCGCCCAGAAGGAGAAGAGAAGGAGAGGUGGAGCACUAGGAGUAGCAUAGACAGAAGAAGAAGAAGAAGAUACUUGCGUAGAGGCGGCCUCCGUCCGCGGUUGAGAAGGAGAGCGACCGAGCUCUCUCCAUCUCUCCUCUGCCAUCUGCCUCCGCGGAGUUCCUCCGUCGAUUCGUUCAGGCGGUUGGUGCUUGGAUCUGUGCGGCGGCGGCGGUGUGACUCCGGCCAGCGGGAGAUCGGACCCGCAUGUCUCAGAUCUGACAUGGAGCGGAUCCGGGAAGCCAGGAGAGCCGGCGUGUCCAUGGCCGGCGGGCCGCCCCAGCCGCGCCGGCGGCUCAGGAGCAACGGCGGCGGAGGCGGCGUUGCCGGCGGCGCCGGGCCGAGGGACUCGCCUCGGUCCGAGCGGAGGCGCGGCGACCGGCUCACGCUCAACGGCAACGGCCGCGACGACGGCGACGACACCUCCGACGACAGCCUCGGCGACGACGACGACGACGCCGACGAGGAGCUCGCCGCGUCCGCGCCGAGGUACCCGCCGCUGCAGCGCCGCUCGCCCAGCACGGCGCCCCCGCCGUCCCCGCCGCAGCCCGGCGCCGGACACCACCACAGCAGCAGCAGCAGCGGCGGCGGCGGUUACCACAACAACCACCACCACAACCACGGCCAGCAGCAGAUGCAGCGCAAGGGCGGCGCCAAUCCCAAGAGCCCCAUAGUCUGGAAGGCGGCCGACGAGAUGAUCGGCGUGCCAGUACCCAGGAAGGCCCGCUCAGCUUCUACCAAGAGGUCGUCGCACGAGUGGACAGCCCCCGGCGGCGGGAGCGGCGGCGGAGGGGACGGCUCGCAGAUCCAGCGACCUUCUUCACGGCCGAUCUCGCCGGCAUCCGCAUCGACCACCGCCCCAGUCAAGAAAAAGCUGAAACCAUUCAGUGGCGGUGGGAGCAGCGGCGGUUCGGGGCCAGUACCGAAGCAGCGGCCGCCGUCCCAGGCCCCAGCUCCUCCGCCGGCAGCCCCGCCACAGCCUCAGCCACCGAAGAUUUCCAAGUCGCCGUCGUUCAUCCAGGAGGAGAUCGAGGUCGCCGAGGUGCUGUUCGGCCUCACCCGGCAGUUCCCCUGCCCUCCCAAGCAGGAGAGCACCAACCACCACAAGCACGAGCCGAGGGACGCGCCGGAGAUCAAGUCCGGGAACUCCUCGCCGGCUCCCUCGUCGACUUCCGGCGUGCGGCCGGCGGAUUCGUCCUCCCUCGCCACGACAGCGCCGAAGAGGAAGCGGCCGCGGCUGGUCAAGUACGACAACGAAGCCCGGCCGGCGAGCCCUGCGAAGCCAGACUUGAGCGAGCCGUCGUCGAGGCCGGAAGCGCCACCGGCGGCGAGAUCAGAUGCGAAGGCGUCGGUGUCGGCAGUGGCCGAAAGUGGCGCCAGCACCACCGCAGGUGGUGCGCAGCAGGAGGCUUCCCGGGAGGCGGCGGAGAAGAGGGGAGAGGACCACAGAGGAAGAGAUCCAGAGCUCCGGAUCAGCGAAUCAGAUCGGCGGGAUCAGAGGCCCGAGAGCCGCGCUGAGCCGGCGCCGGCGCCGCCAGGCAAGCCGGACGGCGAAGCUGCGCCGGUCGGCUCCGAGGCCCGAAAUGGGGAAGCCACCACCGCGACAAAGAGUGAGCUGGCAUCCGAUGGCGCUCGGCGAGAAAAGUUUUGCAUCGAUCUCAUGGCUCCCCCUCCUGGGAAGCUAUCUCCUGACAGGGAUGGCUCCUCCGACCCUGAUGCGGAUAAGAAGGGAUUGGAUUCUGAGAUGGACGUGGCUAGCCGAGGAAAUUCUGAGAAGAAAGAUGUUGAGAGGACUCGGAGAGGCCUGGAGAUCAAUCUGGAGGACGAGAAGGUGCAGAGGAUUCCUGCAGAUGAGCCUGCUCCGAAGAAGCUCACUCUGCAGCUGGAUUUGGAGAAGCCCAGCCUAGGUGAUGAAAAAUCGCCUUCAGAACGACGCCAGCCGCAAGUGCAGCAGCAGCACAAGUCGUCAAAGACUGAGAUCAAGAAUGAGAAAUCACCUCUACCUGCGGUUUCACCACCUAUGCCAAUGGCUGUUGGAGGCUGGAUGGGGGGUUUCCCACCCUUUGGUUACCUUGGUCCAGUUCCGGGACUAUCAGCUCCAGGACUUCAUCAUCCUAUGGACAUCAAGCCGGGUACCUCUGCUGGAUUACAGCAUGCUGCAUUGGUUCCUCCGCCGCCGGUACGACCGAAGCGCUGCGCUACACAUUGUUACAUUGCACAGCAGAUCCAAUACAACCAGCGCCUCCAGAAGAUGAACUCAUUCUGGCCCCCGACAGCGGCUGCCGCCGCUGCCGCAACGAGAUCCGCACCAUUCUUUGGUCCGAGAGGACCAUUCAACAUGGGCGUCGUGCCACCUGCUGAGGCUGCCUCCCUUCUCGUGAACCCAAUGCAGGGGAGCUACCCUGUCCGUGCCCCACUGCAAGAAACUAAGGCUCCGUCGAUCGCCGCUUCUCCUUUCCAGGCGAGCGUCUCUAAGGAUAAAGUGGCAUCCAGCAGUUCUGCCGCAGCUGAAUCAAACCAAAGGAAGCAACCUCCAGCUCAUGAAGCGCAGCAGUCCUCCCCCAUGCCAAACAUGAUGCAAGGGCCAGCAUUCAUCUUUCCAUUCAACCAACAUGCUGCAGCAGUGGCAGCUGCAACUGCAGCCAGUCGAAUGGGUGAUACAAAAUCUUCUGGAGCCAGCAGUGCGAUGCCAAUGUCCGCCACUACCCACCCUUCGGCAGCGCACCCUGGUGCCCCGACCAUGAACUUGAGCUUUGCCAACUUGCCGCCAGGGGCUGAUGCCCAGUUCUUGGCUAUACUACAGAAUGGCUACCACCCAUUCCAGGUUGCUGCUCAUCCUGGAGGACCUCCAUCAUAUCGAGGCAUGGCACCACCAGGCCCAGGUGUACCAUUCUUCAAUGGGCAUGUCUACUCUCCCCACAUGUUGCACCCAUCACAGCAGCAAGGUGCCCAGCAACAGAAUCAUCAGAAAAGCCCUAUGCCAAGCUCGUCCACUUCGUCUCAGAAGCAUCAGCCACAACAAUCACAAGGGCAGCAGGGAUAUGCACCGAAUGCUAACGCUGCUGCCGCUGCCAACAGUUCCCAGAGCUAUUCAAGUGGCAACCAGCGUCCUGUUCUAUUGCAUGGCCUCGCCCACCGACAGGAUACUGACAAGACUGCGCAGGAUGGUCAAUCUAGUGAUGACAAGUCAUCACACCAUCAGAAGAGCGGGUAUGAUCAUAAUUUUGCUGUUCCAGUUCAUCUUCCGAAUUUUGCAUUGAUGCCAGCUGCUGGUAAUCAAAGCGAGAAGAAGUCGAAUGAUCACCACCAGCAGCCACCAACUAGUCGAGGCCAGGGGGUGCGGAUUGAUCUUGCUUCAUCUCAGCCUUUUGUGAUGCCCUUUGGUGCUCCUGGUUCUGCCCCCACUGGUCUCGACUUCUCUUCGUUGGCACAGAACCAUGCGCUUUUCCAGAGCCAUCAAGAAGCAAGCCGCCAUGGUUACCCGCAGCUUAAUUUUGCGGCAGCCCAAUCUGUUCAAGCUGGUCAGCACAAGGUCCAGCAUCAAACUGCUACAGAAGCCAAAUCUGUGGCAGUAGAUUCAUCUUCAGCACCGAGUGCUGGUGAUCAUGAGAGAAGGAAAUCAGCAUCUGCAAAGUAUUCGGGUGAUCCGCAGCAGCAUUCUCUGUCCUUCUCCAAGCCAGAGAACAAGUCUUUUAUGCACCCUUUCCUUGGUAGCAGCACUAAUGAGAGUUCAUCCCGCACUUUGAGCCUUAUUGGUGCAGAAUCUACAAAUGCCUUUGGUUCAGGCAGCAAAAGUGCUUCUAGUGCAGCAGCUACGUCAGCUGCUGCCCCAUCUACAGCAACCAUUGCCCAGCAGCAACACCAACAGCAGCAGCAGCAAAUGCAUCUGCAGCUGCAGCAACAACAUCACCAUCACCAGCAGCAGCAACUCCAACAGCUACAGCAGCAACAGCAGCAGCAGCAGCUCCAGCAACAUCAGCAGCAGCAACAACAACAUCAGCAGCAGCAACAACAACAGCACCAGCAUAAUUUGCUUCAGCUUCAGAAACAGCAGCAACAACAUCAACAACAGCAGCAAAUGUUGCAAAAUCACCAUCUGAACUCGCGCCCCAGGUCUGCUGCACCAUCAGCUAAUGCAAGUGGAUACUCAGACCGCCUGAGUGCGGCCAAUUUUCAGAACUUAAUGUAUCAAUCUAGUGCUGCUCAAGGUGGAGUUCCUGGUCAAUCGCCCCAGAUGAAAGCAUCGUCGAUGAGAGUGUCGGCUCCACCAUCAGCUGCAUCUGUCCCUGCUGCAUCUCCACCCUCUAAUUUGAUUAUGCUGAAGAACAGCGGUCUCCACCAGCAACAAGCAAAAUCUCUACAAGCUCUCUCUUCCCCGAAUCACCAAUCACAAAGUAUGAGUUCGUCGAAAAUGGGGCCUUCCCUUGCUAAUCUUUCUACUGGAGGGGCAGGGGAUAUGUCUCGAUCUUCAAAUGCUCCUGUUCCUUCUGGUUCGCCAUCUAAUUCAGUGUCCAAAAGCACUGGUGGUAGCCCACCUGCUUCUGGGAGUGCAAAGGGUGGGCAGUCGGCUAUGCAGUUGUCAUCACCUCAACAGCAGUCAAGUAAGAACUCUGGUUCGGCAUCAUCCAAGUCAAGUGCGGCGAAUCACUACAGCAGUAUGCCAAUGCCAUCGAUCCUUGGCCAGCAACCAAACUCUGGCGGUAAGCAGCAGCAGUCACAAAUGAAACAGCAGCCGUUCCCAACACAAGGUCACUUCUUCAUCUCCAGCGCGUACGCACCAGCACAAGGUCCUCCUCAGCAUAUGAACGCCGGAGCUGCUGCUGGCCUGUACCAAAAGCGUCCAGCUGACAAGACGCAGCAGCAGCAGCAGAUUCCCCAUCAGCAGACAUCUGGUUCCAUGCUCUCUCUCAGCUCGAUGUCCACAGCUACUAUUCCAGCUGAUGCAGGGAAGGCUCUUGCAGCGGCAGCUGCCAGCAAUAACAUGAAGGGUCUUCAUCCAACGGCUGGUGGUUUUAUGCAACACCUUACAAUAGCAGGCCAAUCGGCGAGUGGCUCGCCUCACUCUCAGAUGUCAGCAGCUCAACUGACGUUCGGAGGAGCAAUGCCGAUGCCCGUAAAGCCUACAAGUGAUCAGAAGCCUGCUGCUGGCAAGUAAAAUGCUCCAGAUUUCUGAAGAUGGGAGUGCUAAUCUGAGCUAGUUGAUAAUUUUGGGGAAGGCGUGGAAGGCUGCUUCGCGGAAGAAAGAAGCAAUCGGAAGAAGAGCUGCAGAUGCAAGGCGCUGGCUGGCCCCGUAGUUGAAGAUGGCUGAUGCGCCCCCAUUUCAUCCAAGCAGGGAGCGCUUGCAAUCGAGUAAUCAGGAAUGGCUGAUGGGAGUGAUACUUCUGUGUAGUAGUAGUAGGUUAUCCUCUCAAAGGUGGAAAGCUGGAGGGUGCAUAGAAUCUCUUUUUAGCAGUUUUAUGCAAGGAUAUGUCAAAAGCUGGUUUCUCUGAAUUUUCUUCCUCUCCCAUCCCCUCCAACUGCUGCUCUCUUUAGCUUUGUUCUUUUUGCUGUUCUCUUGACUGAAGGAAGAUUUAAUUAGAAGAAUGCAGCAGGACGAAAGGGGACUUUUGUAAUGCUCA